CUGUUUGUUUUUCAGACAGGAAAACUUGAUCCGCACUACCCUCGCAUCUGUGGGCACAAAGGAAAUGUCCUGGACAUUAAGUGGAACCCUUUCAACGACUUUGUAAUAGCUUCUUGCUCUGAAGAUGCAACUGUGAAAGUCUGGAACAUUCCACAGCACUUGCUGACAAAAAGCAUCACACAUGCACAGAAGGAGCUUUUGGGCCACGCGCGAAGGGUGGGGCUUAUCGAAUGGCACCCAACUGCGAGCGAUAUCCUUUUCAGCACUGGUUAUGAUUAUAAGAUCAUGAUCUGGAACCUCAACACCAAAGAGUCGGUCAUUCAAGACCCGGUGAAGACAAUCAGUUUCCACACAGACGUGAUCCUCUCCAUGUCAUUCAACACAGAUGGGAGCCUCCUGGCCACAGCCUGCAGGGACCGGAAAAUACGGAUAAUUGACCCGCGAGCAGGAACUCUCUUACAGGAGGCGAACAACAAGUCCCACCGAGUGAAUAAAGUUUUGUUUCUAGGAAACAUGAAAAAGGUGGUCUCCACAGGGACAUCCAGGUGGAACAACAGGCAAAUUGCAAUAUGGGACCAGAGUGACCUUUCUGUGCCUUUAGCAGAAGAGGAUGUUGACGGCUUAUCUGGACUUCUGUUUCCUUUCUACGAUGCUGACACACACAUGCUGUAUGUAUUGGGCAAGGGUGAUGGGAACAUCAGGUACUAUGAGAUAAGUCUGGAGAAGCCAUACCUCAAUUACCUGGUGGAAUACCGUUCCCCUUUACCCCAGAAAGGAGUGGGAACCAUGCCAAAGAGGGGUCUGGACGUCUCUUCCUGCGAGAUCUUCCGAUUCUACAAACUGAUUCCAAUGAAAAACUUGAUCGAGCCCGUUUCAAUGAUUGUCCCUCGGCGGUCUGAAUCGUACCAGGAAGACAUCUACCCAUUGACAGCUGGAGUCCAGCCGGCACUGACGGCACAAGAAUGGCUGAAUGGCGUAAAUAAGGGGCCUGUCUUGAUGUCCCUGAGACCUGGCUCUGUAAUCUUAAACUCCUUACCACCAUUUCCCGAAGAGUCGUCCCCAGAAGCAACGGAGCCUGGCCCAAACCCAAGCAGGGUGGCCGAAACCAGUGAGAAGCCAAGCAGGAUCCAAGAGAAAUGGGGGAACUGGAAAGCAGAGGAUCGGGGCCAGAAAGACAAGAAAAUGGGGCUGGCCAAUGGCUUUGACGCAUUUGAGUGUCCUCCCCCUAAAACGGAAAAUGAGCUGUUGCAGGUGUUCUACAGGCAGCAAGAAGAGAUCCGGAGGCUGCGGGAAACCUUGAUCCAGCGGGAUGUUCAGAUCAGGCAACUGGAGCUGGAGAUCAAAAAUGUUCACAUGGAUACGGGCAGGCUUUGACAAGAAGCAGUUUUCAGAAGGUAGCUCAGCUCCAGGGCAAACAUGUCCUCAAGCUCAAUACUGUUGGGAGAUCAUGGCCCGGAAGGAGAAGAAACUUCUGACUCUACUGGCAACGGUUGGCUUGAUCUUGCGACCUGGGGGCUGCUGGGGUUGUCGCUGGUGCUUUGUUCCUUAGUUCUGUUCAUGAGGAUCUCCUUUUACAAUUGGACUCAGAAUCAUUGUUCCCUCUGCCCAAAAGCUGGAGCAGUCUGGAGGUGAAGACAGAGGACCCCUCCAGCCUUCUGUGCCUUUUGUGUGCUUGGCGUUUUCACUGAGGAGUGCACAGCCCACAGCUUCUAUCUGCGCUUGUGUGGACACCGUUUGCACCCUGCUGAGCUCUCCAGCACUGUUCUGCUCCCAGAAGUGGCUCUGGUCUGCUGUGGCUCUGGGCUGAGUUGGCUUGUCAAGUGUCUCCAAGGGCUGAGGAUGCAGGGCUGAGUCAUCGAUCUGCUUUAGUGUUGCAGAGAGAGGAGGGCUAAUUGGCAGUGAAGUCGGAGGAACAAAGAGAGACCCACUGAGCAUCAAGAAGCAUCGGAAAGGAAUGUUUUGCUUGUCAAGCAGAGAGGAAGAUGGACAGGCCUUUCUGCUGAAGCUGAGCAUGUCGGAUCUGGAGAGUGCCUGCUCCUCAAAUCCAUAUGCAGUUGUCCUCCAGCUACUCACAGCCUUUCUCUCUUGGGAUCGCUUCUUGUCUUAAGCCAGCAAGGGGGAGCCUCUUCCUGUUCUCUCGGACAACUUCCUCCUACUUGUCUCAAGCUCAGCUGUCACCGGGUUGCCUCUUCUCUCCUUCAGCCUUCCUUGCUUCUGAACAGCAAGCCACAGCGACAGUCAGGCCGUGCAAUCUGGUGUCUGAAGAAAGGCCCAGCCCUGGGUGUCCCAUUGGUCCUAAUCAUAUUCCAUUUUUUAAAUCAGCUUUUCAAAGUGCUGCAGUCUGCAAUUACAUCGCAGCAUUCUUUUUUCUUUUUCCCCCCAAUUUUGUGCAUUGCUGCCUGAAGCUUCUCAUGUCCCGCUAUGUUGACUGUUGAUUUUUUUUUUCAUGCUAGUAUAUGCAAAACACUGCCACCCAAAUAGUCUCCCUGGACUGUCUCAGGACUGACUGCUACAACUGUCCAAAGAUAGUGAAACCUGGGGGGGGGGAGCACAUCAGAAACUGUCGGGCUUUUCAGCAUUCUUUUCUGAUCAUUGCACUAGAAACACUGAUUACCUGCUGCAGUGAUGCUCAAAACAAUUGAGCUCCUGGAGAGCUUGGUCCAGCCCUAGGAGUUCAGAACAUUCUUAGAAGACAAUAGCAAGCAAACGAAAGACCCCAUCAUAUAAAACAUGUAGCAUAACUUUUGAUUUCUAGCUUGCAUUUACUGAGACUUCAAAAUGUUUCUGACCCCAAUGUGUAGAGAUGGGCCCACGGUAAUCAGGUUUUUGCUUCUUGAGCAAGAAAGUUACUUUUCACUCAUCUACCACAAAGCCUUUAUGAAAGAAUAGCCGUUAUCGAUUCUAUUCACUCCCCAAAGCCUGUUUUUCACUGCAGGGCUGCCGUGGGUCCAGGAAACAAACACCCUUUUCAUGAAUAGCCUGGAAAUGCCCCCAAGUAAUCAGAACAUGUGAAACACUCCCUUGGUCCUAUAGAAACCCAAAUGCCUUUUGCCAUCACUGUCUUCAUCGGGGAGGGGGGGGGGAAGCUGUGCAGUUUAUUAUUUUGGGACACUUUCUGCAUAGUCAUUCAAGGAUCUAUUUAUUUGGGUUUUGAUCACAGUGGCUUCUAAACAGCAGGUUGGAUUUUUCCCUGCAUAUUUUUUCUCUCUCAUAUUUAUUUUGUUUGGGUUUGUUAGCCAAUUUAAUUUUUCCCCUUUUGCUCUACACUUCCUUUGCCUCUCUCCCAUAAGUAGCAUUCAGGUGAGUUAAAAGAAGCUGUUGACAUUGAAGCUGAGAUUCUGUUCUCUGCUCUUUAGGGUCCUGCUUCCACUUGUACACUGUGAUGCAAAAA